AUGAGGCCAAUCGCUUUCUUCUCUGCCCUUGGCAGUCCUGCAUUGGUGGCGCCCCAUUAUACGGUCAACAGCUCCACAAACCAGAGUCCCGUUUUCGAUGGCUAUGUAAGCUUCAGCAUCGAGUUUUCCAGCUUUCCCGACUUUGCAGGGAACAGCUCCCACCCCAACACCUUCUCGGACACUCUCUUAGGAAAUAUCGGAGACCUCAUAGGCGCCAAACCAUACAUCCGGGUCGGUGGGAACACCCAAGACUACGCCCUGUACAACGCCUCUCUCCCGUACGCCCUCAACGGCACCUUCGACCUCGCGCGGUCACCCGACUACCCAACCACCAUAUUCAUUGGGCCCUCUUACUUUGAGUCUUACACCACCUGGAAGGAUGUCAAGUUCAGUCAUGGCUUCAACCUCGGCCUCGGCGGAAACAGGUCGAGCGGCUGGCAGGCCCUGCUGGACACGGUCCCCCAAGCCUGCAAGGCCCUGGGCGGAGGGAAGCUGUAUGCCUGGACGUACGGGAACGAGCCAGAUCUUUACUCCACGUCCUCGCAGGGCCCUGUGAGGCUGCCCGACUGGAACGAGACGCAGUAUGUCAAGCAGUGGCUCAACGGGACCCGGGCUAUCAAGGCUCUGCUUGACAAGAACUGCCCCGAGCUCGCCGCCCCAGCUGCGUACGGUUACAUUGCCCCGUCGUUCGCCGGUGUAGGGAACCGCCUGAAGGCGCCAGUGGCGUGGGCACAGGACCUGGACACGGACGGGGAUAUCAAGCUGUUCUCUACGCACAAUUAUAUCAGUGGCGCCACCUCGCUGGGAGUGACGCUGCAGGGGACGUUGAUGAAUCACUCCAUCACGAAACGUUCAGUCGAUGCCCAUAUCUUAGAAUACAAUAACAUCAGGAGCGCUAGCUCGGCCAUGCCGCCCCUCAUAUUCGGCGAGACAAACUCGUUGUAUAACCAAGGCCGGCCUGGCCUGUCCAAUACCUUUGGUGCUGCGCUAUGGGGUGUUGAUUUCAACCUGUACUCAGCCUCGGUCGGCUUCAAGAGGGUUCACAUGCACAUGGGAACCAACUAUAGAUACGCCUCGUGGCAGCCCAUCGAGACCGAUAAGGCCAGCAGGGGCACCAAGGCGCCGUACUACGGCAACAUCGCCGUAGCAGCCAUGCUGGGCAACUCGAAGCGCAACCCCGUCACAGUUGUCGAGAUCCCGCUGUCCUCUGACCCUCGCGAGGCGGCCUACGCGGCGUACGUCGACGGCGGCACGACGCUGGCGCGCAUUAUGGUGCUAAACCUGCGCAGCUACAACACGACAGUCGACGGCGCUGGGCUGGUGCCGACGGGGCCAACGCCGCGGCCCGCCGCCGUCUACCGCUUCGCCAUUGCUCCUGGUAGCAGCCUGUCGAAGAACGGCACCGCGUUCGCCGUCCAGCGCCUGUGGGCCAACGGCAGCGACGCCAUCACCGGCAUUACCUGGGACGGCUGGAGCUACAACGUCGAGCUCGACGGCGGCCGCCCCGCCAGGCUGCGCAAUGUCACUGUGGGCGAGACGGGGUUCGUGGGCGAGGAUGCCACGGUCUCUGUCACGGUGCCGGACUCGACUGCCACCCUGUUGAGCUUUGUUGAUAUCUCGCCGGCGGGCAGCGGUGGCGGUGACAGCGGUGGCGGUGACAGCGGUGGCGGUGACAAUGCCGGUAGCGGCGGCGGUAGCAAUGAGAGCGGCGGCAGCACCAGCACUCAUAAUGAUGGAACUAGCCGCACCAGUGACGUUGGCACUGUCGGGCAGACCAGCACCGGUAGACAAACGAGUGCAGCGUCAAGACGGCGGAGUAUUCUGGGCAUGGCGAUAUGA